AUGAGGCGCGGGAAGGAGACCAAGGACAGCGUGUCUCUGCUGCCCUGCUUCUACUUCGUGGAGCUCCCCAUCCUGGCCUCGUCGGUGGUCAGCCUGUAUUUCCUGGAGCUGACGGACAUCUUUGAGCCAGUGCACUCUGGGUACUCGUGCAGUGACCGCAGUCUGUCCCUACCCUAUGUGGAGCCCAAGCAGGAGGUGUGCCCUCUGCCCUUGCUCUUCAGCCUGGCCUUUGCUGCACCCACUGUCACUAUCCUGAUUGGAGAGGCCAUCCUGUACUGUUACCUGUCCCGCAGGUCCUCCUCCGGUCACACUGAGGCCAACAUCAAUGCUGCAGGCUGCAACUUCAACUCCUACAUCCGCCGCGCUGUCCGUUUCAUUGGCGUGCACAUCUUCGGCCUGUGCGUGACGGCCCUGAUCACGGACAUCCUGCAGCUCUCCACAGGCCUGCACGCCCCCUACUGGCUGGAGGUGUGCAAGCCCAAUCUGACCCAGCUGAACAUGAGCAGCUGUGAGGAGGGCUUCAUCCUGGAGGACAUCUGCUCGGGACAAGACCAAGGGCUUAUCACGGCGGGGAGGAAGUCCUUCCCGUCCCAGCACGCCACUCUGGCUGCGUUUGCUGCCGUCUAUAUUUCUAUGUACUUUAACACGGUGCUGACAGACUCGGCUAAGCUCCUGAAGCCUCUGCUGGUCUUCUCUUUCGUCAUGCUGGCCGUGCUGGCAGGUCUGACCCGGCUCAUUCAAUUCAGGAACCACCCUGUGGAUGUGUACUGCGGCUGGCUGCUGGGGGCUGCCAUCGCCGUUUAUCUGGGGGUGUAUGCAGUGGGGAACUUCCAGCCCAGCCAGGACCGCUCCAGAAGUCGCCCUUCUCUGCCCACUCUGAGAGAGCCCCCCCUCUCCUCUCUGCCCAACGUCAGCCAAUCAGCUAUGAGCAACAGUCACCCGGUCCACCACACUCUAGUUCCCAGCCAAACAGAGCCCAUCAUCACCCGGACCUCUUCUCACACUCUGAUUCCCAACUCGGAGCUGCCCAUCCUGACCCGUAGCGCCUCGUACCGGGAGCCCUCCAUGAACAUGAAGAGGGCCAGCGCUGAGGUGGAGGUCAUCUCUCCCCCGAGUCCCCUCGGCAACCGGGACAACAUGAGCACGUUUAACAGCAGCACCCUUCCCAGAUCUCAUGGGGGCUCGUCGGUAGAGGAGGGCCGUGUUCCUCGGCGUCACGCCUCCAUCCACGCCUCCAUGGACUCCACACGGUCCAAGCAGCUGCUCAGCCAGUGGAAGAACAAGAACGACAACCGCAAGCUCUCCCUGCAGGUGAUGGAUGGGAUCAGACCGGCUCCUUGCUCCAGUCCACAGAGGAGCCAGGAGAUGCGCUGCGUCUCUGAGCCCUCCCCCAUGGGCCUGGAGGCAGAGCUGCGUGCUAUGACCCACCUCCCAGCCAUGAGCAGUCAGGAGGCAGAGCUGCGCGCCGGGGCCCACAUACCCGCGCAGUACAUGAAGCUAGCGGCCAGCUCGGUCCCGAUGACCAAUCACAAUCACCACAGCCACAAUGGAGGUGCAGGCAUGGGAGGAGGAGCCAGGGUGUCCAUCCAAUCACGACCCGGCUCGUCACAGCUGGUGCACAUCCCAGAGGAGGACAACUCCAACAGUAAGGACCAGGAGAGUGAGUCGGAGGACAGCAUGAUGGAUGGAGGGGGCUCAGUCAGGGAGAAGUGGCUCCGCGUAGCAGAGAAGACCACUCUGCCCUGUCGUCCGCUCAGUGCCGGGGGGCAGCCGAGACUCAUGCAGGUGAUAUCCCUGUCUAAGCAGCAGGGUCUCCUUCACUCCCCUCGCUCUGAGGACGGGGGCAGCAGUCUCAGCUGCACUGGCUCUAUCCGCUACCGAGCCCUGACUGACCAGGACCCCUCCCCACCUGCCUCUACCACUGGAGUGGUUGGAGGAGGUGGUUUGGAAAGAACCGGCAGUAUUGUUCGUGUGGAGGCCCACCCAGAGUCCAAGUCCAACAAGCCUGUGGUGAAGCCCCCGAGCACGGAUGGCAGCGGCUCGUGGCGUUGGAAGCCUCCAGAGCAGCGUCCCUCCCUGCGUCAGUCUGCCUUCAACCUGAACGAGCUUGGCCGCCAUGGAGAGAGCUGCGACCCCGGCCCGCCAGACGGCCGCCGCAGCGUCAUUGGCAAUGAGAUAGAGGUGGAGUCAGGGCCAGAGAGCGGUGGAGGGGCUUACCAGAACCACCCGCACGUUAUGCACCCAUUACACCCGCUGCACCCAAACAACAAUCCCAAUUACCAACAUCAGAACAAUCCCAACUACCAGCCCCAGAACAACCCCAGUACUUUCCAGCACCAAACUGCCAAUCAUUUCCAAAACAAUCCGAAUGCGUAUCACCAUAGCAACAAUCCCAACAAUUUUCACCAUCAGAAUAACCCAAACAGCUACCACCAUCAAAAUAACCCCAACUCCUUUCAGCAUAGCAACAACCCCAACAAUUUCCACCACCAGAAUAACCCCAACAACUUCCAGCAUUCCAACAAUCCCAACCAUUUCCAAAAUGUUGCCAGCACAAAUAGUUUCCAGCAUCCCAACAACAGCCAUAAUAAUUUUCCACAUCCAGUUUUCCCACCGAACAAUCCUUCCAACAACGCUCACAUGAGCUUUCCCCCAAGCUCGCCCAACCCCAACACCCCGAUUCCACCCCCUGCAGCCUUCGCCCCACCCUUCCAUCCCCACCCUCAAGCGGUCACUACCAUCAGAGUCACCCCCGUGGAAGGAACGGCCGCAAGCAGCGAUGGAGGCUCCGACAGUCAGUCCGUGGCAUCAUCGAGCCGCGAAUCCACCCUGAACAGAGACAACGGCAGCAGCGGUCAGCCGGAAAGAGGGCCCACACCCGAUCUCCAUCCUAAUCAUAGGAUCCCGGAGGAAAACAACCAGCUGGAGAGGGAGAGCAGUGUUCGCUUCCAGGAAAAUUUAAGGAAUUUCCAAGAGAGCACCAGCCACCACGCUCUAGUUAACCGUCAACUCCAAGGCAUGUUCCAGAGGCCAGGUCCAACUCCACCCCCAACUCUGCCUCGACCCAUCUUGACCCACACCCCGCCCCCCACUCUGGGACUGGCCUAUAAGGAGUAACAUAGUCCAGUGAUUGACACAGUGAGGUUGAAGGCUCCGCUAGUAAAGGGAAGUGCUGUUUAGCUAACUCUGUGAUAUGCCUGGUUAGCUGGAUACAACCUGUUAGCUCUUCUGUGUUGUUGGGAAAACUCCUUUACAAAAUCUUACGAAUUACAGGACACCUUCAUCAGUAAACCAAGUGAAAUUGUUCACUCCAAAUAACGCACCAAGAAAGACCUGUUUGAAUGUACAUUUGAGCCUCCGAUUCGGUUGCUAGCUGGUUACUACCUAAAAAGCUGAAAAAAGUGUGGAGUAUUGAUAGCAAUAAAUGAUGCUCAAAAGUCGUCAAGAUAAAUGUAAAAUUAUCAUCCAGAAGGGGACAGUGUCCUCUUUAGUUAACCCUAGAAAGCACUUAAAUGACUGUUCCUAGAUGGACAGGAUUGGGUUAUACUUAAGCACCACCAGGGGGCUCUCAAACCACUUGGACCCUGGCAGAUAUAUGGCCUCUAAAGUGCCUUCGGUUCUGGUUAUGAUCGAAGAAUGGUUCGACUCGUGCUCGGUGACUACAGGGUCAUGUGAUCACAGACAUAUUUGUAUUACCUGGACUAAUCAAGACUUGUACUCAUUAAUGUGUACUUUUCACUGUGCCAUGGGAUUACAACUUGUUUUUGGUCUAAUGAACUCCAGCGAUUGACUAACAUUUUCUCGGCAUACAAGGAGAAACGAAACGGGAUUGGUUAAAGCAUUUAGUGUACGGGACCACUCUUAAGUCAGCUGAAUUUUUAUAUGCCUUGCUUUACAAUGGAGUUUUGUCCUAUCCCAAAAAUGAUCUGCGGUUUCAAAAUCUGUCUUAAAAACAAAUAUGGGCUCAAACUAAAAGUCAAGAGCCAAGACUAACUUAAGUAUGUGGACUGUAAAACUGUACAUCUCUGGACUAUGUGUGCUGUCGUGCUUAUGUCAGACUAUUACAGGGCUUAGCUGUGUCCACUGAUGUGCAGUUAUAGUUUAUUAUCUUAUUGUGCCGUGUGCAAAUGCAGGGCUUUGAUUUGCUUCAUGCUUCUUUAAUAAAGGAGGAGGAGAGGCUGUGUUUUAAGUGUACCAGUGUAAAGUAAAACACGUGUCACACAUAGACUGUAUAAAGACGUGGACUGAGGGAGUUUUCGGUUGCAGCUAAAUAAAUCCAAAUGAGGCUAGCUAGCUGUUCUGUAACCAGGGCCCAUACUUAGAACUAUGGGUGUACAAUCAAAGAGCCAAACAAGGGUGAAGUUGUUGAAAGUAAUCACCCCUUCCCGCUCGCACAGCUUAUUUGGCAGGGACCUCAGGACAAGAAGGCACCUGUUUGUAUUUCACAAUUUUGUCCAUAAAUCAAUAAGCAGAUUAACUACAGAUCAAACACAUUUGUUGAAGGUUUGACAGUUAGAGAGAGGGGAGAUAAUUUAUCAAAAGUCAAUUGGAACUAGAUCUCAAAGGAAUCACUUGGUGCCCAGGCCCACUUCCUAUGUGUAGCUAGCAGGUUAGCUAUGUCCAUUUAUAUAUACAGUCUAUGGUGUCACAGGCUGAAGAGAACAGGUUUGGUCACUGGUCUGGCUGAUCUCAUAUUUAGGCUUAAAGGUGUUGUACCUGAUUUGUGCUGUAUUGAAACUGAAAAAAGAACAAGUUAAUUUGCAGUGGUCCCAAGUUAUUCCUCACCUUAUGCAUUCUGAGAAUCCUAGCCAUGAGCUUAUAAGUGUUUUUCACAGCUUUCAGAGGCCAGAGUGGUAAAGCUAACAUCAAUUGGCAUGCUAACGAGUCCUUUCUCAUUCUUAGACAAUAAAACACUUCAUAAUGAGAUGAGGAUGGUACACAGCAGAUUCAUUUUGACCUCAAGAUCUGCUUAUACAGUAUAUUUGUACUGGGGCAUAACAUAUUUUGCUGAAAUAGAUGGAAAAAAUCAGGUACAGAGCCUCUAAAGACAUAUUGUCUGGGGUCAAGUCUAUCUCCCCGGACUUGGGCGUGACUGACAGGCAGAUUACCCAUGGUAUGGCUGUGAGGCAAGCCUUGGUUGUGAUGUUGGAUUAUGAGGCAUUCGUCUGUCCUGUCACUGAGCAUUGAGUGGACCAAUGACCAAACCCAGGAGUGUUCUGUUUUUACUUAGAGAGAAUUGAAAUUACCAAUUAUAUUUUGGUAAAUAAAUAAUAGGUAUAUUACUACAUACAUGGCAUAUUUUAUUUGAGAUAAAUCAUUUAAACUAAUAGUAUACCAAUGUAUUUCUGCCCAAAGUUACAAAUUUGAAUUGUUUGCAUGGGAUGAUUAUUUUGUAAUUUUUUAAUACUCAGUAUAUGGGUUCAUAUUUUUGCUCCCCAGAUCAAAUGUGGGUUAGCUGGAUGUGUUCUUAUUGUAUACUUCUGUAUACUGUCUAUUUUCCACUGUGUCCUAGAGCUGCCAUAGUACCGUGUUUACAUGCUCAUACCACUGUGCCACAAGAGAGAGGGGGCAGAAAGAGAGAGACAGAGGAAAAGAGAAGGAGACAGAGACAGAGUGAGAGCAGAAGUGAGCAGUAGAAAGCACAAGGACAGGGAGGAGAGAAGCACAUUUUGUAUCCAACAUGUCCAUGAGAAUUGCAACAUAUACAUAUCAUACAUUUGUACAUGUACAUAUAUGUGUACAUGAUCAUAUAUUUGUGCCAUGGGUCAGGUGGCUGUGCCUGGAGCACUGCAAUGGACUUGUGUAAAUGAUAUAUACAGUGUUAUUCUGUUUUUUCUAUACCUUAGCUGGCUGAUUGUACCAGAUGUAUUUACCAGUGUGGUCUGUGCCAUGUUUUAUAGUGAAGAGAGCGGAGCAUUUGGGCUUCUUGCAGGUUUUAUAAGCAGAUCUUUCUGCAGCGCUUUUGUUUAUUUUGCUGCAGGUGGAAAUCAUAUGAAUCAUAUUUUAUUAUUAGAAACAUAAUCCAUUAGCCUGAGAGAAUAAACGUUUAAUGAAACUAUGUAUAGUCAGUGCAUAAAAGAAUGUCUUCUAUUAUAUCACAUUUUCAAGAUCAAAGUCAGUAUCAUGUUUUAUAUUAAUAUUAUACAGUCGUAUUUAUAUCAGGUUAGUAUCACACAGUAAGAGAAGUGUUUUAUUUAUCCUGGACAAAACUGAUAUUAUCUUGAUGGAAAUAGGCCUAAUGCUCCAUGUGCUGUGACAAUCACAGCUAUGGGACGUUAGCUUUAGCUUCACCUAACUAAAGUGGAUCUAUUUAUGUUGGUUCUCACAGCAAAAAUCCACUCAGUGAAACUCAUCUUAUCACUCAUGUUAUGAAAAAAACAUAUUUCAUCCAAAACUGAGACAACUAUAAUGACCAACACUCUGUAGUCAGUCAUUCCGCUGCACCUCAAGGCACUUUUCAAAAGCCUAUUAGCUUUAGCCAUUUUUAGCCUACACCGUAAACACAAUGCUGUCAUUGCCUGAGUUAGAACCUUACCCGAUUUGGCACAAUUUUUCAAACUGUGCAUGGCCAGAUAUGCUGAAGUUCCUGUGGUAACAGUACUUUGGACAAACCUCAUAUGCGAGAUUCAUUUGAUCAAAUUUAUCCUUGGAAUAUAAACUGCUUUACUGAUAAAUACUUGCUCAAAGUCUGUGAACAUUAUGUAUUUAAACUGUAUAAAACGUUACAGCCAGCUUUGAUGAUAAUGGUUUCAAUUUUUUGAUCUUUCAUAAAAAUACAUUUAAGAUUAGUUAUGUGUGACUGCAGCAGACAGAACAUAUAAUAACAUGUUCAAAAGAGUCAAAGGAGUUUAAUUAAAUGGUGCCAAAUUGGGCAAUGACAAAUGCAACAGCCCAGAAUAACUUUAUCUCUGUUAUUCUCUAUUACCUAGUAAAUGUGACCAUAGACAGCUGAAGACAGCAGAAACGGCCUCCAUUGUUUUUACCUAUUUCCCUAAGUAAUGCUAAUGCUAACGCUAAAGCAUUUGUUUGAAUGAAUGUAGGAGUCUAAUCAGUGUGUUAGCUGAAAGCACAUAUAUAUAUUAUUAAAAACUCCAGACGAGUGUCCUUUCCACCUGACAGGUUUCAUAAAUGUUGUGGAUGCACUUUGUAAAUGAGCAUUGUACUCUUUUUAUUGGCAUGGCAGUAGAAUAUAUAUUUAUUUGCUUAUGCAACUAUUAUUAAAUGGAAAGCUUAUUAGUUGUGUUGCUUUGAAAACAAGCCUGACCUUUGCCAAAAUGUUUUUUGUUCUUUUUAACAUGUUGAGAAUUUUGUAGAAAUACUUGGAUAGAUCGUUGGGGAAUUUGUCAAAGAAAUGUCCCAUAAUCACUGUAAUUUGAAAUAAGCCAUUGUUUUACAUUGAACAACUAUUGAACUGUUUAAAUGGAUAUUCUUGAAGGUCAAAAUAUUAAAGAUCAUACUAU